CGGCCACCAAAUUUCAUCAUUUUAGCCAACAAUGUAUGUUAAAUGCGAUCAAUAAAUUCAUGCAGCUGCCAUCUGUUUUCCUCUCUCUCUUCAUUAACUUAAUUUCUCUCUCUCACGCAUUUUGUCUUUGCAACAUCACCACCAUACAUACAUACAACUUACAUACAUACACGUCUUCCACAAGACUCAAACUCCACAGCAUGGGAUUCUCACGGUCGCUCAACCGCACCGUGGGCGUCUUCGUCUUCUUCAUCCUCGACAUUGUUGAUUUCCUGCUUUGCUUUACCUACAAGACUCUUGAUUUCUUCUUCGAGUCCGAGUGGAAACCCUGCUACUGCUGUCCGCCGCCCGAGGCCAAACCAAUCUCGGCUGGAGGGAACAGAGGCGGUAAGAUGAUAGUGUCGGAAAGAUCAGGAGACUACUCGAAGGUGGUCUCACUCACAAGGACAAAGAUCUAUCUGGAUGAGAUCUCCGACACACUCUACUCUCGCCCUUCACUCCUCACCAAGCUCACUAAGCUGGUGAAGUGCUUCAAGAAAGAUGUUGUUAAAUGCUGUGAUGAGUCCAAGAAGAGAUCACCGUCAACUAAAAAGACAUUACUCACUGUCAACUCCACGGUGGUCGAGAAGUUGCAAAGAACACCAAGAUGGUCUGAUUGCCAUUGCACUUUCUGCACUUCUUGGCUUUCCUCUUCCAACCAAUCUCUCUUUGUCAAUGUCCAACAGCCCACAGACAACAAGGCACAAGAGAACGUAGUGUUCAUUCAUGGGUUCUUAUCAUCAUCCACGUUUUGGACGGAGACUCUGUUCCCAAACUUCUCAGACUCAGCCAAAUCGAAUUACAGGUUUCUCGCAGUGGACCUGUUGGGUUAUGGGAAAAGUCCAAAGCCGAACGAUUCAUUGUAUACAUUAAAAGAGCAUUUAGAGAUGAUAGAGAGAUCGGUGAUUUCUCAGUUCAGACUCAAGACAUUCCAUUUAGUGGCUCACUCCCUAGGCUGCAUUUUGGCUCUUGCGCUCGCGGUUAAACACCCAGGAGCCAUCAAGUCACUCACUCUAUUGGCUCCUCCAUAUUAUUCGGUGCCAAAAGGUGUGCAAGGGACGCAAUAUGUGAUGAGAAGACUGGCCCCCAAGGAAGUGUGGCCUCCGAUGGCCUUCGGAGCCUCAGUGGCUAGCUGGUACGAGCACAUUAGCCGCACAGUCAGUCUAGUGCUUUGCAAGAAUCAUCACUUGUUGGAAUUUCUCACCAGGCUACUCACCAGAAACAGGAUGCGAACGUACUUGAUAGAAGGGUUCUUGUGUCACACACAUAACGCGUCAUGGCACACACUACACAACAUCAUUUUCGGAUCGGGGAGCAAAGUAGAGGCUUAUUUGGACCAUGUCCGUGACAACGUGGACUGUGAGGUCGCAGUCUUCCACGGCGGUAGGGACGAGCUGAUCCCCGUGGAGUGCAGCUACGGCGUCAAGAGGAAAGUGCCACGUGCAAGGAUCCACGUCGUCCCCGACAAAGACCACAUCACCAUUGUUGUUGGGAGGCAGAAGGAGUUCGCUCGUGAGCUUGAGCUCAUUUGGCGCAGAUCCACUACUCCUCAACUUCAUUCAAUAAAUUAACCCUUCUUUAUUUUAAGCUAAGUAUAUAUAUAUUAAUACCAACCACUAUUAUUCAAACCAUCAUUUUAUACCCAUUCACUUUUGCAUAUUUCGGUGACUCCUAUGUAGAAAAAAAAAAAACAGAACAUGUUUCUUUUGUGGUUGCCAUUUCAUUAUGAUUUCGAAUUUUGAAGAAAAAAUAGAGUAAAUAGUUUUGCGGCCAAGAAUAAAGUGGUUUGCAAUGUGCGUCCAAUUUCGGAUACCCUUG